AUGAAGUCGACUACCAUUCUCUCCGUCCUGAUGGGCAUGACCACUCUCGUCUCUGCACUACCUGUUGCAGACGCCAAUGGCCUCGGCCUCGUCGAACCUAUUGGGCUUGCCAAGCGAAUGCCUCAGAAGAAGAUCGACGCAGUCGACGUUGAGAAGCGUCAAAAGAAGAUCGAUGCUGUGGAUGUUGAGAAGAGACAGAAGAAGAUCGAUGCCGUCGACGUUGAGAAGAGGCAGAAGAAGAUUGAUGCAGUUGACGUUGAGAAACGCCAAAAGAAGAUUGACGCUGUAGACGUCGAGAAGCGUCAGAAGAAGAUCGAUGCCGUUGACGUUGAGAAGCGCCAAAAGAAGAUCGAUGCUGUCGACGUCGAGAAGCGCGAACCUCAGAAGAAAAUUGACGCUGUCGAUGUUGAAAAGCGCCAGAAGAAGAUUGACGCCGUCGACGUCGAGAAGCGCGAACCCCAGAAGAAAAUUGAUGCUGUAGAUGUUGAGAAGCGCCAAAAGAAAAUCGACUCAGUUGACGUCGAGAAGCGUGAGCCUCAAAAGAAGAUUGACGCUGUCGAUGUUGAAAAGCGCCAGAAGAAGAUUGACGCUGUUGAUGUGGAGAAGCGCUCUCCUCAAAAGAAGAUUGACGCGGUCGAUGUUGAGUAA